AUGGUCAUUCUAAAUGAAAGUAGUUGUGGACUGAAUGUGAGUGUGCCCCAUAGGCUCGUGCGUUUGGACGCGUUGGAUAGCUGUGAUGCUAUCGGAGAAGGUGGCGUCCCAGUGGAGGACUGGAUUACUCUCAGGAAGCCCUUGAGAAUUUGUAGUCCAACCCAUUUCAUGCUCAUAGUCACCCAGUUUCUUCUGUUUGUGGGUGAAAGGAGGGGUUCAAGGGAGCUUGAUGCUGGACUGGCUGAUCUCCAUGCAGAGGCUCACUACCCUGUCUGCAAGGAAUACUUCAAGAACGCAGUGACCAUGGAGUGUGGGCAUCAAGUCUGUAUCCCCUGCAUCAGUGUGUUCUUGAAGGAUCUGAAGGGUAUUUUCCCCUGCCCUUCUUGUCAUUUGAACCAUCCAGGAAGGAAUGUUUUGAGUAAUCAGGCGCCAGGUGAGUUGACUGUAGAUGCCAUCCUGUCCCCUAAAAGAACAAACGGGAGGAAAAGACAAGACAGAGUGUGUUCAUGCGGAGAGUCACAGCAGGUUUCCUGUCCACUGCACAGUUUCCCCUCCAGCCACCCGAGUCACUAUGUUUGGCCCACGGAGAUUGCCACCCUCUGCCAUAGGAAACAAAUUGACUGUUACAUUAAGCUGUGGCGGGAGAUGGUGGAACCAGUCCAGAAAGCAAUAACCACACAAAGGGGAAGAUCACUUGAACUGAAGAAAAGAGCAGAAUGCAUAAGAGAAGAAAUGAGGUCUCAAUAUGAACAGAAUAGAUUGUUUCUCCAGGAUGAACGAGAGAAGAUCCUUGGACAGUUACAAAGCGAAGAGAUGGAUGGAUUAGCCAAACUAGACAAAAACCUCAUGAAAUUGUCAGAUCACGCCUCUUCAUUAAAGAGUCUGCUGAAAGAGUUAAAGAGCCAGUGUGUGAAGCCAGAACUGGCAUUGCUGGCAAGUGCUAAAGAUUGGUAUGAGAGAUACACACACUCAAGAUGGCCUGAGAUUGCCUCAGUAAAAUUGAAAAGGUAUGACUACAGGUUGCCUCUACAGUAUUCGGACUUAGACAGAAUUACCAAGCGAUUUCAAGUGGAUGUAAUUCUGGAUCCUGAAACAGCAAACUAUAGUCUUAAAGUAUCAAAGGAUAAAAAAACUGUUAACUAUGGGAGUUGGGAGAGGGUAUCCUAUAGCCCAAGAAGAUUUUGUUUUGAUCCUGCUGUUCUGGGAUCUGAGGGAUAUAGUUCUGACAGACAAUAUUGGGAGGUUGAUGUGGAACUCAAGACCGAAUGGCUCCUGGGGGUCUGUAGAGAGCCUUUUCCCAGGAGCAGAAACCAUGAGCAGUUAAUCAAUGAACAGUUCUCGGUGCAGGAUGGAUUAUGGGGAGUUGGGCUAGGCAAUUUGGAAGGUUAUGUUGCAUUGGGCCUUAAGAAAAUUAGUCUUUUACCCAAAGUAGCACCUAAUAGGAUUGGGAUCUUUUUAGACUCUGAAAUGCAUGAGGUUUCGUUUUACAAUUUGAGAGAUAAGUCCCUUCUGCACAGGUUUAGUGACUGUCCUGCUGGCACAUUUUGGCCUUACUUCUACACUGGAUAUGACUACGGGCCUCUGAGGGUCUGCACGGCUGUGGAUGUUGAAUAA